AUGGGCGAUCGGCGCUUUCUCCAAGGCAUGUCUCGGCGCAUCGCCCGCAAGGCGCCUGACCUGGAUCCUCGCUUUGUCGAGCGACGCCGCACGGCGCUGCUGGCCACCGAAGGCCCUGAUCAUGUGCGCAUGCGCCGCAUUGCACUGCGGUCGGCGUUUACGGCACGUUCGGCGAACCGUUACCGACCCGUGAUGCAAUCAAUCAUGCAUGACAUUGCGGACCACGUUCCGGCCGGUGGCGUGUGUGAUGGAGCGGAGUUGGUCUACGAGUACCCGUCACGGGUCAUCGCCCAUGUUCUUGGGAUCGACGCCGACGCUGUCACGUCCUUUUCUGAGGUUGUCGACACGAUCUUCGCCGCGCAGCGCGGCGUCGCUGACGCAGUUUCGCACGCGUGGGACGCGUUGCAGCAGCUCGACAACCAUCUGCUCAAUCUGAUCGAGCAAAAACGCUUGGCCCCAGGAGACGACCUGAUCACCGAUCUGCUUCGGGCCGAAGCCGAAGACGAAACAUUGACGGCUUCGGAGAUCCACAUCAUCGCCACCGCGGUAGUGCUGGCCGGUACCGAAACCACGCGGAACACGUUGACUCGCGGUCUGCAGCUGUUGGCCGAGCACCCACAGAUCUGGGCCGAGCUGAUCGAUGACGACUCGUUGUUAGCUGCAGUCGAGGAGAUCUUGCGGUUCGCGCCACUCGCACCGAUUCGGCGCGUCACAUCUGAGGAUUUGCAGGUCGCAGACCGACUGCUUCCGAAAGACGAAGUGCUAAUCGUCGAAUUUGGCGCCGCGAAUCGAGAUCCGGAUGUGGUCAGUGAUCCAGACAGCUUUCGCAUCGACCGCCCCGGACCGCCGCCCUAUCUCUCGCUCGGCCAUGGCCACAAGUACUGCCUGGGCGCAAACCUGGCCAAGGCCGAACUGGUCGAGGCGCUCCGGGUCCUUCGUGCAAGGCAUGCCACGCUUGAGAUCGUCGAGCCACCUACCUGGACAUACAAGGGCAUUCCGCGAAGCACCUCCAUGAUGCUGCGCUUUGGCUCUGAGGGCUAA